UUCCCCAACAAUGGACCUGAGCGCGGAGAAACUCUUGUUCGUAUAUCUGGGAACGGGUUUGAGAACACCCCCUCGCUGUCCUGUAAAUUUGGAGAAACGGUGGUGUCAGCUGCUUGGAUAUCUGGCCAGCUCAUUGAGUGUUUCUCUCCUGCAAUGCCGGAGUCUACCGUACGGCUGGGUGUAUCCAGCAAUGGUGUAGACUUUUCUUACGGCUCGAUUGAUUUUGUGUAU